AUGGCCGGAAGUACUAUCGAUGGUGUCGAGAGACUUGCCAAUAAUGGUAUUAGCAUGAUCGUCAUUGGUGCGGGUGUUGCAGGGUUGCAGACGGCCCUUGAAUGCUGGCGAAAGGGUUGUGAAGUCGUUGUGUUGGAGCGAGCUCCAGAGCUUUCAUCGCUUGGGGACUUCUUUACAAUCACUCCAUCAGCCUUGACAACGCUCAAAUGCUACCCGAGCAUGCAUGCUGACUACCACAGCUGCGUUUAUGAUUGCUCGCUUCAUGUCUACACUCCCGCUGGGGUGCCACUGAUUUCAAGAGUCCCGGAAUGGAAACAGCCUGGUGUGGUUACCACUGCACCUGAUGUCGAUAUCUCCUUUCUUAACAGAAGGUCUACAUUUGCCAAAAUGCAACUUGAGCAGGUGAAACGGCUUGGCAUUCCUAUUCACUGGAAUGAAACGGUGAUUUCUGUCCAUGAAGAUGACAGCUCUGUGACUGUAGUCACUGCCUCUGGAAAGGAGUUCACGGGUGAUAUAUGUGUCGGAGCAAAUGGCAUAGGUUCUAAGAUACCCGGUUUCCACGCUGGCCCAGAUGUUGCUGUGCAAGACAGUGGUUAUGCAGUUGCCCGCGUAGCGUUCCCACGCUCGGCCAUCAAAGAUGGCUCUCCAGCCUCGACACUCCUCAGAACAACCGAUUCUCACCCCGAAUUCCGUGUCUAUGUGGGACAGGACAUUCAUCUGAUCCUUUUCCUAACGGUUGACUGGCUUGCAUUUGUUCUGACACAUCCGGACCUCGACGAUGCUCAGGAAUCGUGGGCGAAUUUGAACCAGCCGGCAGACCUGAUACCAUACCUUGAGCAGGCCGCUGACCAGUGGGAUCCUGCCGUACUUGAUUUUGUUCGCUCGGCGCCAUCUGAAGUGGUAGACUGGAAACUGAGGUGGCGUGAUAGUACGGAGCAGUGGACAUCAGACCGCGGGCGUCUCAUUCGCGUCGGUGAUGCGGCUCAUGCUUUCCUUCCAUCGGCAGGCAAUGGGGCGGUGCAAGCACUGGAAGAUGCGGUUUCGCUGGCCGAAUGUUUACAAAUUGGCGGCAGAAGUGGUCUCACAAAGGCGACUAAAGUACACAAUAAGCUACGAUUUGAGAGGGUAAGUAUUCUUCAGCAGACUGGAUUCGUGAACCGGGAUGAGUUGCACACUGCCAAUAUUUCCGCCAUUGCAGCAAAUAGCGAAAACGCUUUUUUGGGCUUCUUCAAGAUCGGGCGCUGGGUUUGGAACCACAACCCUGAGGAAUAUGCGCGGCAGAACUAUGAUGCAUGUUUAGCACAUUUGGAAACAGGUAUACCUUUCAACAGCAGCAAUACGCCGCCUGGGCAUGUUUACCGUCCAUGGAGCUUGGAAUCAGAGAACCCAACGCAUUCGGGCGGGCCGCAAGUCAUCUCUGAAAGAAAAUGGAGAUUGGAGUGUAUAGAGAUGGGCGGUAAUUGCAUCAGCUAA